CGCACCUGAGUGCCCCCUGACCCCCUUCUCUCUUUCUCUCACCGCACGACAACAACAACAACACCUCAUAGAAACACCAACAAACACUUUCCUUCCUUUCCUAAUCCAAUGGAACCACGCGAGCGAAAAUUAAUCACGUGCACCACGCAUGCCCUAAAUGUAUCCUCACUCCCACACCACCUUUCUCUUCUUUCCUCUCAUAACAAACAAACAACAUUGCUUCCUCCAUAAUAAAACCAAACCCAAAACCAAACCCUCGUUUCUUCUUCCUUCCUUCCUUUUCCUUUUCCAUCCAUGGCCAAGAAGAGAAAAUCCAUAGCCACGACGCUCGAUGAAGUCGAUCGAACCAUGUACGCUUCGUUUUGUAGCGCUGCCAAUUCUCUCUCCCAGCUUCACAUGCAUGCGCUUAAUCAUCAGAAACUUUCCUUCCAAGCUGGUCAACGACAUAGCCUCGAAAAACUUUAUCAGUGGAUCUGGAGACAGCAAGAGGGUGGAUCAAGAGUUGCAACACUUGAUAUACUUAACUACAUUCAGAAUGAACUGGAUUAUUUUGGAGAGGAGCAAUCUGUGUCGCCUAGAGCUGCACUACCACCAGCAACACAAGUAGCUAGUUCUGGCUUUACAGUAACACCCGGUUCUUCGUGCCAAACAGUUGUUGGGCAGGAACUUGGAUCAGAGCACUGUGAUAAUCAACCUAAGAGUUUUGAGUUUCCGAAUGCUUUGCCAAGCCCCGUUCGUCGAAGUCUUCAGCAUUAUCAAGUUGGUGACGGAGGGAACUACCUCACCGGACCCUCCAUAGGGAAUGGAAACCAGAACACUGAAUCCAGCCUUUUUCACCAGCAAAGCACUGCAUUCAGUUCCAACGAUUCUGCCAUGGACAUGCAUUCAGACUAGUCUUGCCAAUUGGUUUAUGUACCAAGCACUUUUGUUUGACCAUCCUUUGACAUUACUUGCAAAAGAAGUGAACAACCAUUUGAAGUCUUUGUCUGGUUUUGAUCGUGUCCAACAAGAAAUAGCAGCAAGGUGAAACCAGAUCAACUAAUCUAAUAAUAUACUCAUGUCAUUCUAGUGGUUAGCUUGAAUAUGUUCUUUGUAAAGUUUUUUUUUUUUGAGAUAGUUAAAAAACAUUUCAGUUUGUCCCUUUGUUCUCUCUCCACACCACCUCU